AUGUCAAAGUCUAGCGAAGAGACCCUGAGCGAAAAUCCAGCUUUUGCUUAUGGCCUUAAUGAUAUGUCAACGUUUAGUAAGGUCCUUUGUCUGUAUACAAGAGACCGGGAAUCAUUCAGCCUUUAUUCAAUUCAUGACAAGCAAGGGUCAACAUUUUCUGACUAUUGGGACGAGUUCUCUAAUCAUUUGAGGACGGCUAAAAGUCGUAAAAUUGGAUGGCUCGGGGUCACAGAGGCCUUGAUCAAGUGCGAGCCAGCAUGCAAAUUUAUUAAAACUGGUGGUUCGGCAAUCAAAGUGACUGAAUUUCAUAAAAAAACAGAGGAACAGGUUCGUGGCUUGAUUUCAACCAUUGAGAAUGAGAACGAAUUUAACGACUGGCUCGUAGCUCACAUUUUGGAACAAACCCGGAUGAGUUUGGAUCACAGUUUCAUUUUCACAAACAGGGAAAAUUAUGCUGGACAGUUUACGGACUAUUUUGCCCGUAAUUUGAAAAAUACUACCUCAAACGACCAAUGGGAAGCCGGAGGUCGCGACCAAUUCCUUCAAAGAGUGAAAUAUUUUACUGACCGCAAUCUGACCAUCCAAUGCAUUCUUCCUGCAUUUCCAUGUAAAUCUUCAAACUUUGAAAAGGUUCACGGGGCGGCUCCUGACAAAGGUGAAGAAUUUGCGUUGAGAAGAUUGAUUUCUGCAACUGAGGAAGUCCAAAAUUUUUACCCACCUGGCAUGAAAUUAUGGAUUGUGAGCGACGGUCAUGUUUUCAGCGAUUGCAUAGGGGUGGAUGAUGAUGUUGUGGACGAUUAUACCAAAAGCCUUCACGAACUGUAUCAAAAGAUUGUAAGUCCAGGCACUGACGCCAUUGGAUUUGUAGGGUUAAAAGAACUCUUUUUCACUGGCGAAACCAUGUCCGCAUUUGAUGAAGGCAUGGUUCAAGAAAUUGACCUUCCGCACUACACGGGAUCCAGAAUUGGUGGAGAUUCGGAAUUAUGCAGACAAAUUCUGAUGAAAGGGUUCGACACUGAUGAUGGGAGACUGAGACAGCAAAUUUUAAUCCCCGGACAUCCCAGACUACAUUUAUUUAGGGGAUUUUCGAGGUUCAUGAUGGAAGAUCUUUCUCAUUUAGCUCAUUUCAAAAACUAUUCUAGGAAGCACUUUAAGAAGGUAGUCUCAAAAGUGGCUUUCGAAAUGAUCAAGAGAAAUGACGCAUAUUCCAAUUUGGUAGAAUUGAUAUUCCCACACCAUAUGCGAUUUUCAAUCCACGCGCAUACGAAUUCUGGACCCAAGUUUGGCAUAAAACUCAUUUCCACCGAGCAAUGCAAAACUGUAAAAUCCCUUGACGGCAAAGAAGAGCCAUCGUGCGAGGACUUGUUGCAUAUUCCCACACCAUGGCAUAACUGUGUCGUCAAAAUGGAGAAUGACUACUAUCUCUCGAAAUCAAAAAUCGUCCUGGACGCAAUCGCAAGUGGACGCUAUGAAGGCAGUUGGAAGGCAGGAAGUGAAGGCUAUGACAAAGAUAUCGGCGGGCAUUACGUGAUGAAACGCAAAUUUCGUACUCAAAAGCAGAUGUGA